GAGGUCGGGGUAGGGGUUGAAAGCUAGGGUUAGAGGCAAYCCGUGAGGCUAGAACCCCGAGCGUGGUCGGUUGGAGCAAAUAUGUCUUUCCGGAGGCACAUUGGGAAUCCUGAGUAUUUGACUAAAAGGAUACCACAGAACCCAAAAUAUCAGCAUGUCAAGUCAAGACUGGACACUGGUAACAGUAUGACGAAAUACAUUGAGAAGCUAGAAGAGAUCAAAAAAAAUUAUAGAUACAAAAAAGAUGAGCUUUUCAAGAGACUAAAAGUUACCACUUUUGCCCAGCUGGUCAUCCAAGUUGCUUCUCUAUCUGAUCAAACACUGGAAGUGACAACUGAGGAGAUCCAAAGGCUAGAAGACAAUGAUUCUGCAACUUCAGACCCCGAUGCUGAAAUUGCUGCCAGGACCAACGGAAAAGGGAACCCUGGUGAGCAGUCACCCAGCCCAGUCCAGUUCAUCAACAGUGCGGGAGCAGGGGACUCUAGUCGCUCCACUCUUCAGAGCGUCAUCAGUGGUGUCGGGGAACUGGAUCUAGACAAAGGGCUAGUGAAGAAAGCAGAGCCUAACACCAAAGACAAACCUUAUUCUGACUGCCCCUUCCUGCUGCUAGAUGUUCGUGAUAGAGAUUCUUACCAGCAGUGCCACAUCAUUGGAGCUUACAGUUACCCAAUUGCAACUCUGUCUAGAACGAUGAACCCCUAUUCAAAUGAUAUUCUUGAAUAUAAAAAUGCUCACGGCAAGAUCAUCAUUCUGUAUGACGACGACGAAAGACUGGCCAGCCAGGCGGCCACCACCAUGUGUGAGCGGGGGUUUGAAAACCUCUUCAUGCUUUCUGGAGGUCUAAAAGUCUUGGCUCAGAAAUUCCCAGAAGGACUGAUUACUGGUUCCCUGCCAGCAUCUUGCCAGCAGGCCCCACCUCCUGGUUCUGCCCGGAAACGAUCCAGCCCCAAAGUGCCACCCCCACCGGCUGAGAACAAAUGGAGAUUUACCCCAGAAGACUUAAAAAAGAUAGGAUAUUAUCUGGAAGAGGAUCAGGGUCCCACAGACAAUCCUAGCCGGCUGAACCAAACUAACUCCUCUGGAAGAGACUCCAAAGUGCCUAGUGCCCGCAGUAGUCAGAACCUGCCCACUGGGAUCCCUGCUGGCCACUCGAACCCCCGAGCACUUGGCAGUGGCCACCUGCAAGGCAAACCCUGGAAGUAAAGACUUUAUCUCACUUAGUCAAAUAAAUGUUUUCCCUCCUUUCAGAAUCCCUGCGCAGUUCCCAAGUUGGUCAUUUUCAGAACCGCUGUAGAGAAAAGCCCAUGCCAUGUAGGGUAGGCCAUCUUCCCUCUCCCUGUCUCCCCCUCCUCUCCUUGCAGCCAGCUCGGGAAGGAUUUUGACAGAUAACCACAAAAACCAGAGGCAUGACAGGCUCUAGUGUCCUCCCUAUUGUUUAYAGAAUAUUUAAGUCUUUUGAAACUAAAUAGGAAAAAAAGGACCGCUCUCUCUUUUAAAUAAGGUCCAGCUUGUUUGUUCUAUAUCCAGUGUUGUUUUGUAAAUAUUUCAGUCACAUCUGCUGGUAUGUUAUUCCCAACCAGUUUUUUUGUUAUUCAUUAUUGAUUUCAUGAAGGCUUCUCCAGGUGGGCUUGGYGUGGGCAACAGUCCCCAGGGUGUGUAUGAGCCUUGGUUCCAGCCACCCAUAGGCCCACACCAGGUGUGAGUGGCUUUCUAAAGAGCUCUGCCAACAUGCUGUGGCUCUGUUGGGAGUUCAGAGUCUGGUACCUGUGAGCAUGGCUUAAUUUAAGGUUUUGUAGAGAAGCACUACUUUUCUUUAGCAYUCCCCCUCGUUAAAUGGUUUCCUGGGGCCAGAAAGGUGUGCACUCUCCUGUCUUCACAUUGGGAAGAGGGAUCAUCUUGGCCAUUGUACAGGCCUAUGUUGGGAACCCCUAGAAGCCACCAGAACGGUCCCUCACUUGUAGUCUGUAUAUCAGUUGUAAAUUUCCAUUGCCUGAUGGAGUUCAUCUGCGUUAGAUGAGUAGAAAUUAUGACCACUUGAAAACACGAGUUUCACUCAGGCAACAGGAACACACAAGGUGAGGAGGACUCUGAAGUCCUUUGUCAGGCUGACAACCCUUAAGCCCUUGCUUUAAAAGACAGUAUUAGUCUAAUUGAGUAAUUAGUGCAAUUUCCUGCUUACUUUUCAUUCUCACGACUGAGCUGUGAUUAGGAGGUUGUGAUUAUAGAUUCUGGUUUUGGCCGGAAUUUUGAAUCAGCAUUAAUUGAAUUGCUAGAUGACUGACAUUCAUUCUAUUUAAUUGGGGGAACAAAAGACCUCAGGUAAGGAUGAGGAGCUCUGAAAUCAUACAGAAAAGGAAAAGAGCCUUGUUAAUUUUUAUGGUCUGUGAUCGUAGCUGUGAUAAGGGACUAAGGAAUAAAUUGUGUUCUUCGUCAUGGCAACCAGCUUCUGAAAGCCAACUGAAAAUUGCCUAUCCUUAGGUGGUUACUGCUGCUGGGUAAGAUUUGCCUUAAAAGUACUAUUUCUCACCACCAAAAAAAAAAAAAAAAAAAAAAAAACUCCGCAGUAUUUCUAACGUGGGGGCUGUGUUUGUAAGAGAAAUAAACGUAAUAAAUAUUUCAUGCAGACAUAUGGAAAAAUAAGCCAGAUGCAGCCCAGUUCUGUUUUAGAGUGUGUUUAUUCUUCUCUACUUGAUUUUCAAAGUGCAACAUUUUCCGAUGCUUUAGAAAUCAAACAAACCAGGGACAUUGUUCAGAUGUCAAGCCGUGCCCAAUUUUCCACAAGAUUCAAGAAUCUUGUAUAAAAUUCAGCCAAUGUACACAUAGCUUUAAUGAGAAGCCCGUCAUGUUUCCCCAUAAAUUUAUUGCCUGAGAACUUAGUUCAGCCUUUUGCUAAUGCCAGAAUGCUCUGGCUUUUUAUUUUCUUUAUGGCAUAGAUAGAAAAAUGCAGAUUUUUCCACACUCAACUUUCCCCUAGCGUGGACAAGAUUUUCAGCCAUCUUUAACACAUAUACAUUUUUAAGGAAAAAUAUUUUUCUCUGUAACAAAGUUCUGGUUAUGCCAUUUUAAAGUUGGCUAGUCAGGAGACUAGACUACCCCACCCGAUUCUAUUUUGAAAGUAAAGGAUAGUUUCCCCUGUUGCUGUUCUGCAGUUGCAGCUUUAUAUGUUAAAAACACUAUGUAUAUAUUGGAAGUCAGAAUUGCUGUGUGUUCAGCAGAGAGAUGRAGCAGGUUGAAUAUAUUUGUGUGUGUUUAUCUAUAGUGCUUUGCCCUAUUGGUAAGGACUUAAAAUUUUCAGAAGACCUGUCAAGAUUCUGCACUUUGAGUGUUAAAUGUUAUUAUCAGACAUUUUAUAAGCUCAAGCUAUUGCUUUUAACAUUGUACCUUACUCCUUUCUUCAUUAGAUUGUUUGACAUGUAUUAUUUAAAUGAUCAGUGAUACUUUGUGCAAUUAUGAAUGUUGAAGAUUAAAGAACAUAGUUACAUAGUUA